GUCGAUCUGAAACAUACCAGGGGAUGGCGGCGGGUCCGGCAGCUGCGGGGAGCGCCCACCACCCGUAUACAGGUGCCGAGCUGCCUUCCAAGAUGUCGGCAUGCGUCAAAGACCGACGUCGCGCGGGCGUCAUCCCAUUUAUGUAUGCUUGUCCGAAGGUUUUCGGAGAAAAGCUCGGCAGGGGCUACGAUGGCACCAUAUAGAGGAGAAGCCCUGCCUGGCCUGAUGUCUCCAUCUUUGCCUCUGCAUCUCCAUCCUCUUCCUCUGCACGAGUGACAGCCGUAGACCGGUUUUUUUUCUUCUAUUCGUUCACUGAACUUCUUUUCCAUAGCAGCCUGGACGCCGACUUUUUUCUAAUAGCCAUUUUUUUUACAUUCACAAUGCGGUCACACUAUCUUCUCUCUCUGGCCAGCUUGGCCAUGGCCCUGCCCCAGCACUCAACACACAAUAUCCCCAGUCUCGUCACAAGGACACAGCUGAACCUGACGGACGAGGCGGCGGUCGAGGAGGCGUUCCAGGCGGCGGUCAAAGCCCGAGAUGCUGGGCAACGAGCCCCUCGGAAGCGGGCCAACCAGCUCAUCCCCAUCGUCGUCGGCGGCGCCCAGGCCCUCUUCGUUCCCAGCAUGAUGCUGGCAGCAGUCGGCGACGUCAUCCAGUUCCAGUUCGCCGAGGGCAACCACACCGUGACACAGAGCCCCGAGACGGCCGCGUGCCAGCCGCUGCAGAAGACGGUCGCCACGGCCGUCCACAGCGGCCACAUCCCCUACAAGGCCGGCCAAACCACCGUCGGCACCUUCAACGUGCCCAUCACCGACACCAAGCCAAUGUUCCUAUACUGCGCUACGGGCCCACACUGCCAGCUAGGCCAGGUCAUGAUCAUCAACCCGUCCAACACGGCCCAGGUCGUCAACUACGCCAAGCUGUCGGCCCAGGCAAAGGAUAAUGUCGACGGUGGCGCCCCGUCGGGAGGCAGUGCCGCUUCCAUUCAGCUGUCGGCCGCCGCCUUUGUCCCGGCCCCGCCCGAGGCGGGCGGGGGGCCGCCGCCGCCUCCUCCCGACAGCGCUCCCACACAGCCAGCGCCGCCUGCGACCUCGUCGGCUGCUGGGGGCAAAGGCAAGGGCAAGGGCAAGGGCACAGCCAGGGCCUCGGGGUCUGAAGCCGCCCAGCAGCCUGUUGCUACGGCGCCGCCGCCUGCUGCUCCUGUAGCCGCGCCGCCCGCUGCUCCUGUAGCCGCGCCGCCUGCUGCUCCUGUAGCCGCGCCGCCUGCCUCUCCUGCGGCCCCGGCCCCUCGUGCAGCCGAGGCACCUGCUGCUGCUUGAGAGGCACCAGCAGCCGAGCCAGCACCGCCCGCCGAGGGUGCUGCGCCGGCCUGAGUGACGGACAGUAUAUAGAUUGAUAACUGGGGCAGGACCUUGCAGUGCAUGUAUAAGAAUCUACUAGUGCUAUUACUGGUGGACCGGCAUCCUUAUAAUUGCCGUUCCGGAGCUCCCA